CAAGGCCAAAGCUUCCCAACCCCACAAGCACAACAAUGCAAGGUGUGGAGCUAAGCUUGUUCUACUCUUCCAGUUCCAGUACUACUCUCUCCAAAACCCUUUCCCUUCUCUCCCCAAUUCCCAUUCCCAAACCUCCUUCCUUCUUCUCUCCAAUUCAUCUCUCCCUUUCCCUUUCCCUUUCUCUCUCCAAACGCUCUCUUCCCCACCACAUUUCCCGUUUCUCAAGCACCAAUCAACAACAACAACAACAACAACCAAAACAGAACCAGAACCAGAACCAGGACGGAGAGGAAUCCGACGGCGAGGAUAUCGACGUCGCCGCGCUCGAGGAAGAAGCCAGAAACGCUGCUCGAGAGUACUCUUCCUCCUUAUCCCACCAGUUAACAAUCGAGGACGAGCCCAAUGUUCCGAUCCAACGCGGUCGAAAGCAGAGCAAGCGUAAAAUUACCACUAUAAAUAUCCGUGACCAUCUACUUUCAAGGGUUGCAAUUGUUGGAAGACCAAACGUUGGUAAAUCAGCACUGUUUAAUCGUCUUGUUGGGGGGAACCGGGCAAUUGUGGUGGAUGAACCAGGAGUUACUAGGGAUCGCUUGUAUGGUAGAUCCUUUUGGGGAGAGUAUGAAUUUAUGGUGGUUGAUACUGGAGGUGUUCUCAAUAUUGCAAAGUCACAGGUUGAUGUUAUGGAAGACUUGGCUAUUACCACAACAAUUGGUAUGGAUGGGAUUCCACUGGCCUCCAGGGAGGCAGCUGUUGCCAAAAUGCCCUCAAUGAUUGAGAGACAAGCUAUAGCAGCCGUGGAAGAAGCAUCUGUCAUAGUAUUUCUUGUUGAUGGACAGGCAGGUCUGACCGCAGCUGAUGAAGAAAUUGGAGACUGGCUACGAAAGAACUACUCAAAUAAGUAUGUCAUUCUUGCAGUUAACAAGUGUGAGUCUCCACGUAAAGGACUUAUGCAAGCAUCAGAGUUUUGGUCCUUGGGGUUUUCACCACUUCCAAUAUCUGCUGUAUCUGGGACUGGAACUGGAGAGCUUCUUGAUCUUGUUUGUUCAGGACUGAAAAAAAUUGAGGGUACAGAAAUUCGUGAUGAAGAAGAAGAAGAUUAUGUUCCUGCAAUUGCUAUUGUUGGCCGACCAAAUGUUGGUAAAAGUAGCAUUUUGAAUGCAUUGGUUGGAGAGGAUAGAACAAUUGUUAGCCCAAUCAGUGGUACUACUCGUGAUGCCAUUGAUACUGAAUUUACUGGACCAGAUGGCCAGAAGUUCCGGCUUAUAGACACUGCUGGAAUUAGAAGAAGGGCAGCUGUAGCUUCAGCAGGUAGUAUUACAGAAGCUUUAUCAGUGAAUCGGGCAUUUCGAGCCGUACGUCGUUCUGAUGUUGUCGCUCUUGUCAUCGAGGCCAUGGCUUGUAUCACGGAACAGGAUUGCAGGAUUGCUGAAAGGAUAGAGAGAGAAGGGAAAGGGUGCCUGAUAGUUGUCAACAAAUGGGAUACCAUACCAAAUAAAAAUCAGCAGACCGCAACAUACUAUGAGCAAGACGUUAGGGAGAAAAUUCGUGUUCUUGAUUGGGCACCUAUUGUUUAUUCAACUGCAAUAGCUGGUCAUAAUGUUGACAAGAUCAUUAUUGCUGCUAGUACAGUUGAAAAGGAGAGGUCAAGAAGGCUUAGCACUUCCAUAUUAAAUCAAGUUGUACGGGAAUCACUAGCUUUUAAAUCACCUCCAAGGACCCGAGGUGGCAAGAGAGGACGUGUUUAUUACUGCACUCAGGCUGCCAUAAGACCACCCACAUUUGUUUUCUUUGUUAAUGAUGAGAAACUUUUCCCUGAGACUUACCGGCGUUAUAUGGAGAAGCAACUACGUACAAAUGCAGGGUUUGCUGGUACUCCAAUUCGUCUUCUUUGGCGCAGCAGACGAAAAAUGGAAAAAGAUGAAGGUAGAGCUGCAAGGACACAAGCAAAUCUUGUGCCACGUGAUAGAAAAUUGGAAUUGGCUUCAUGAGUAACAAGUUUCUCACCAUUUUAGAACCAAGGCCAACCUCCACCACAAAGGCACUGAUGUGAAAAGAGGUUUUUUUCUUUUCUUUUCUUUUUUUCACGGGAAACUUCAUGCAGCCAACUAAAAUCAUCUAGUGGCAUGGAACUUACUGACUGUUGAAUGAUUGAGGGGAAUUUGGCUUGAGUGGCUAGUAAAUUCUUUUCUCUUAUUGAUUAGGAGUGGGUAUUAGUAUUACUUUAUAAUCACACUGAAAAACCAGCAAAACAAGGAGUGACAAUGUGUAUGCAUCCCCUGAUUAGAUGAUGCUGGUCGCGAUUCAUGAACUUGUAACUUUGUGUUUGGGGGUGGAUUAGAGUAUGGAAAUUGUAAAUAUGAUAUGAACUAUUGGGUUAUUAAUUAGUUUAUACACCCAUAUUUUUAAAGCUUUUGAGUUCUUAAUCCAUGUUCUUGACUGGGUCUGUUCUAAUUAUUAGUUGCUGGAGGUAGGUUGUUGUUAAGAUGCUCUAAUUGGUGAUUGGCAAACAAGCGAAAAGUUACUAGUAUGGUGGCAGCUGACUAGAAUGAGAUUCAGCAAAAUAAGGGGAGAAUUGGAGAAAAGCCAGGUUCAAACCUUAAGCUGCAAUGGUCGUUUAGUGUAAAGAUCCUCAAAGAGUUCUUAGUGUAACUCUAACAUGAAGUUCCUAAGAUUCUAUCCAACCAUUUUGAAAAGGGUGGAUGAGAUCUUGUUACAUUAUAAAAAAUUAAACAUGUUCAGGCAUC